CCGGUCCCUCAGUGUUGUUUUGGUUAGCUCGCAGCUUAGCCCAUGCUUUCUGCCGCAGCCGGCUCUCCCGUGAGGCGGGCGGAGCGGGGCUUUGUUUUCUGAAGAACCGGGCAGCGGAGAGCGCGGUGGAUCAUGGCCGGAGUUUUCGACAUCGAUCUGGAUCAACCGGAUGAGAACGUCUCUGACGACGAGCUCGAGGACGGGGCUCAGCUCAGUGAAUACAUGGACCAGUGCAGCAGCUUUGAAUUUAACAUGGAUGACUGUGAGAAGUUUGAAAUUUCAGAGAACAGCGUGAACAAGGGAACAGAGCAGAUCAGGCCCGAAUGCUUUGAGCUGCUGAAAGUUUUGGGAAAAGGAGGCUAUGGCAAGGUGUUCCAGGUGCGGAAGGUGUCCGGUGCCACCUCCGGGAAGAUAUUUGCCAUGAAGGUUUUGAAGAAGGCGAUGAUCGUCCGCAACGCGAAGGACACGGCUCACACCAAAGCUGAGAGGAACAUCCUGGAGGAGGUGAAGCAUCCCUUCAUCGUGGACCUCAUCUACGCCUUCCAGACGGGGGGAAAGCUGUACCUCAUCCUGGAGUAUCUGAGUGGUGGGGAGCUGUUCAUGCAGCUGGAGAGAGAAGGCAUCUUCAUGGAGGACACAGCCUGUUUCUACCUGGCUGAGAUCUCGAUGGCGCUCGGUCACCUGCACCAGAAGGGCAUCAUCUACAGAGACCUGAAGCCGGAAAACAUCAUGCUCAACAACAACGGACACGUGAAGCUGACCGACUUCGGUCUGUGCAAAGAGUCGAUCCACGACGGAACGGUCACACACACCUUCUGUGGAACCAUCGAGUACAUGGCUCCAGAGAUCCUCAUGAGGAGCGGACACAACCGCGCUGUGGACUGGUGGAGUCUGGGAGCGCUCAUGUACGACAUGCUGACAGGAGCACCUCCGUUCACCGGUGAGAAUCGUAAAAAGACGAUUGACAAAAUCUUGAAAUGCAAACUCAGCCUUCCACCUUACCUCACACAAGAAGCCAGGGACCUGCUCAAAAAGCUGCUGAAACGAAACGCCUCUCUACGACUGGGCGCAGGGCCGGGAGAUGCUGCCGAGGUCCAGGCCCACCCUUUCUUCCGGCACAUCAACUGGGACGACCUCCUCGCCCGCAAAGUGGAGCCUCCGUUCAGGCCGUUUCUGCAAUCGGCCGACGACGUCAGCCAGUUCGACUCCAAGUUCACCAGCCAGACUCCAGUGGACAGCCCCGACGACUCCACGCUCAGCGAAAGUGCCAAUCAAGUCUUCCUGGGCUUCACGUACGUCGCCCCGUCGGUGCUGGAGAACGUCAAAGAGAAGUUCUCCUUCGAGCCAAAGGUCCGCUCGCCGCGGAAGUUCCCGGGCAGCCCGAGGACACCUGUGAGCCCGGUCAAGUUUGCCGGCGGAGACGUCUGGCCGCGGGGCCCCUCGCUGACCGGCUGCCCGUCCAUGCUGUCGCCCGGCGGCUCGCUGGAGCAGCCCAUGGACGUCUCGGGCGUGGAGCACAUGGACACCAGCGGCGGCUGCACCUCCGAGGCGUCCGCCCCGCUCCCCAUCAGGCAGCCCCCGGGCAUCGGCGCCGGCCCCUACAAGAAGCAGGCCUACCCCAUGAACUCCAAGCGGCCCGAGCAUCUACGGAUGAACCUAUGACGCUCGGCGCGCCCACAGACUUUAGCUCUCUUUCAAUUCCUCUUCCUCUGAUUUGUUUCCUUUCAAAAA